CGCAUUUGGCUCAAGCAUCUUGUGGCCAGCGCCCCCGUUCCAUCUCAGUCCGGCGUUGCCGCUGACCAUGGCGGACAGCAAGCUCGCUCUGUCUCCGCGAGAGUUCUCCGGCGACCCCGCCACGUGCGUCUUCGGGCGCGUCGUCAUCGAGCGAGGCCCGGUGGAAGUGGGCAACCAAGCGGAUGGGAAGGGCAAGGGCAAGGCCAAGGGCAAACGCGCUGGAAAGGACAGAGAGCCGGGGAGGAAGAUCGAAGUGCACAUGCUCGGCGGUGACACUGUGGGCGACGUCCUGUUCCUUGACGGAUGGGCAGACGCCGCCGCCCAAGUUCAUGCCGCCAUGGAGCUGGGCAGGGUCUACCGCGUGUCCGGCGGGACCGUCGUGAACCAGACCCCGAAGUGCUCCACUUCUCGGCUGUCGCACUUCUUGCGGGUAAAGCCGCCCUUGGGAGUCAACGCGGUCAUCCAGGAGUGCGCCGAAAGCCCGUGGGUGGACGUUCCCCUGCAUCACCCGUUCGCGGAGAUUGCCAGCUUGGGCAGAGUGACCGAUGCAACGCAGGUGUGCGCGGUCGGCGUCGUGUCUCACCAGCCGGGCGUCGUGGAGCGCGACGCCCAGUACGGCCGAGCAGGCGUCUGCAACGCGGUGAUCAAGCAGGGGCGCCACGACAUCCGCUGCGCAUUCUGGCGAGACCAUGCCGCGACUCUGGCCGCCUUCCCCGUCGGCUCCGUGAUCGCGCUGAUGCAAGUGAAUGUGAAGCAGCGCAACGGGUCCUGGGAGAUCUUCGCCACGGAGGCCACGGAGGUCACGACUUGUCCUGCAGCUCAAGCGGAGACUGUUCGCGCCGCGACUGACAUCUCCGAGGGUGCCGACGCGGCCACGUCCCUCACCAAGCAGCACCAUGCCGUGGACUACGACACGGUGCCCGCCAUGGCGAGCACGGUGAGUGGCCUCAUGUCGGUGCCCGUGCCUUUCCAGACGCGCGACCUGCCUGGGGUCUUCGAGCUCCACUGCGUCGCCGUCACGGGCGUGGCAGGUGCUUCCGCCGACAGCGACUGGCAGAUCAAGAGCUGCGCAGAGUGCAAGAAGAAGAUUCCCGACCACCAGGACACGUGCGGCAGCCACCCCGAAGCGGGAACUGAGAUGCGGUGGCUCCUGAAGCUGGGCAUCGCGGACCACACCGGCGGAGGCUCCGCCGUCCUGUGCCACGACGCAGCGUCCACCCUCGACGUGCUCGGCGAUUCGGGCACGCCCCUGGACGCCCAGGCUCGCCGCGUGCGCGCUGCGGCAUUUCGGGCGACGCCGUGGACGCUGCGGUGCGUGUUCAAGACAAACGAUGUCACCAAUGUCAACUACCUCGAGGUGAAGCGGAUUGUCCCGACGCUGACGCCCGACGGCGCCGUGUCGACGUGGUCGGAGGUGACGGCGCCGCCGGCGGUGAAGACGGGCGGCGCCUGCCCGUUCGCGGCGUGCUCGGACGUCAGCUCGGACGACUCGCUCGGCUUGCUGCUCGUCCGUGACCUGGAGGUCCAGGCGGUCCGCGUGUUGCUGGUGAUGCAGAGGCCCACGGAAGCGGAGACGGUGGCCACACCCGACGCAGAGAAUCGCGGCCUGCGCGUGCAGCGCCUCGCGCGCUGCGGGUUCCAGUCUGAAAAGGAAGACACGUAUUGCGUUAAGACGGCCGGUGUCGCCGGCGACGUGCAGUGGCUCCUGACGGCCGGGCACGGCGACGCGCACCUCGUGACUGCCAUGCUGCGGACAGAUAAGGGCUCCGGCCGCGGGACGUUCGAUGCGCUGUCGCACAAGGCCGUGGUCCCCGAGCUCUUGCCCAGCAUGGUCAAGCUCAUGGCCAGCGCGCAGGGGUCCGGCGGCCCGGCGCUCAUCGCGCACGCGCCCGACGCCACGCCGCUCAAGCGCAUGCGGCCGCGCCCGCGGGGUUGCCCCAACGGCGCGCGCUGGCACUGGCGCGAGUUCGCGCUGACUCGGCUGACCCUGCGCCGCCCGACGGUCUGCCCUGACGGCAUCCUGCGCGCGGCGCCCGUCCGGGCGGGGGCAGACGGCGCACGGGGCGGCAUCGGCUUGAAGGCGAAGCUUCAGCAGAGGGCGGGGCUCGAGGAACAGCGGAUUUACAAGUGGUACGUGAAGCACGCGGGCGUCGCAUCUGAUCAUCCGACAGUUGCCGCUGCCCUGUCGGAGCUGGACGCCCUGGUCAAUGACUCCCUCGGCCCGGCAGCGUCGGCGUGCCCCGACGACGCCCCGCCGGCAAAGCAGAGGCGCCUGACCGAGAGGGGUGGCGAGGCUGCUGCCUGCGCGGCGCCGUUGCAGGGCGAGUCACGGCCUGGCCAGUCGACGCUGGCAGCUCGAGGGGUUGUCCCGACGGCUUGCUCGGCUGGACACGGCCCGGCGGCUGCAGCAGCGGCCAAGGCGUCUCCCGCUUCAACGCCGCCCAUCGGCAUCGAAGAGACCCCGGCGAAGAGGCCUCGCCUGUUCGCCGACGGGCUCGGUGCGACGCCCGCGCAGACCACCGGCGGCCUGGCGCCUGCCACCGCGGAGGCCUUGGCAAGGUCGUGCCGCAAGAGCCCGUGGGAGUCCCCGUUGGUCGACGAUUCCGUGAGGCUUGCUCACCCAGGGAAUCCCGCGAGAGGUGCCUCGCGGCCCGUCGAGCGGCCGCGCUUGCGCCCGCGGGAAGAGGAGCGCCUCCUGGCGGCAGUGCCGCGGAAAGCUGUGAAAGAUCUGUACGUGCACGUCCGCGAUGAGGCUCUGCGCCUAGGCAACGGAGAGUACCUCCCACAAUGGCGCGAGAACAAGCCAAAGUAUCGACAGCUGAACUACGUGUGGAAUUUGCACCAGCACGGCGAGCUCCAGGCGGCCGAGUACGCUCUGUUGGCGCACCAGCCUCACAUUAUUGGCCCAGAGCUCUUCGGCGCAGUGGAGAAGGUGGAGUGCCCCGCCGCAGUGAUCCCCUCGAGCAGCAGCGCCUGGCGGUGGACUUUCAAGCCGGCAGGAGUUGACGUGGAAGGACCGCAGGUGGAAUCUCGGGCCGACGCGGCGCGAGCCCUGGCCGGGCUGCAGGCGCGGCUGUACCCCGAGUGGCAUCACCCAGGCACUCGCGCGCAACACCUCCGCGCCCUGCUGCGCGACGACGACCGGCAGCAGCAGAUGCGCGGCCUGCUCGCUCAGCCUGGCAUGCGGUUCGCCAGAGCGGCCGUGCUGGGAGCAGCCGCGUCAGCGCCCCGAGACGGCCGCGCGGGCGCCGCUGGCUUCCCCAACCUGACAAACACGUGCUACAUCAAUGCCGUGGUGCAGUGCUUGUACCACACGCACCCCUUCCGCGCAGACAUCGAGGGCAUGCAGCCGGGCGCCAGCAACAUGGGGGACCGCCUGCGGGACUUGUUCUGUGCGCGCAGCUCCCCUGCUUCCACGGCCGGCGACAUUCGCCCGCCGUUGGUGGCCCUUGUCCGCCAGAUCUUGCAGCAGCCGCCAGGCUUUGAGUCCGGUCGCCAACAGGACGCGGCGGAGUGCCUGAUGCGCGUCCUCGAGCACGCGGACCUCGGAGGAGUGCGGCGCCGCGUCUGCGGGGACGGCGCAGCCGCGAGCGUCGAGGGCAUGGUGCACUGCUGCGCGGCCGAGGAGGCCCAGGUGGGUCGCGAUGCGCCGCCUGUGCCCAUGGCCGCCAUGAUCCAGGCGUCCCUCACGGGCGAGCAGGCCGUCCGUGAGGCUUCGGAGGCAGUGGUCCUCCGCGUGGAGAGCAUGUACGAACAGGAUGGCAGACAGUUCGCGGUGGACGCGCGGGCGGACUGGCGGGACACUGUCUUCCCCGUCAGCAUUCUCAACGGAGACGCCGUUUCUUACGAGGUGGCGGCCUUCGCGCAGCACCGCGCCGCGCGCGGCGUACCACCUCUGCAGCGGAUGCGCGGCGGCCACUACGUCGCCUACGUCAACAAGGGCGGGCGCUGGUUCGAGCUCGACGAUGCCGUCGUGACGGAGCUGCCUGAGCCGCCUGACGCGUAUCCGUUCUUGGUCUUCCUGGCCCGCGCGAGGGGCAUUGCUGGAGUGCACCCAGCUGCCAGGGCCGUCUGGAACGCUUCAGCUGCCGCGGACAACAGAGACCACACCCGGGCAGACCCCGAGAACAGCGCGGACAACCCUUUCAAGCGGUACGUGGAUAACUGGGAUCUGCGACGCACCAGCGCAGAUGUGAAAUGCCGCACCUGGUCGCAGAGGGCCGAGCCGUCGGGCCCCCAGCCGUGCCGGCUCUGCCAGGGCCGAGACUUCGCGUUCCGCGAAGAUUGGAAGAAGCACGUGGACGACGAGCACGGUGGCGUCCAGCGCUACCGCAACGCUCUCUUCUCGUCGCUGUCGCUGAAGCCCUAUGUUGUCAAGGGAGAGGAGUGGCGCGCGAUCGUGGCCAAUUAUGCGGAGUUCUACGCCAGGGCCGCCGUGGACUGGGAGAAGCCGACUGAGCGCAUGCGUGAGCUCGCUCAGACUCCCGAGGGGUUGUCUGCAGAUGAGCGCUGGGCGCCCCGGACCCGCUGUGCGUGCGUCUUCUGCGCCAGGCUGCACUGGUCCGAGGACCUCUCCUUGGAGUUCCUAGCAGGCAAGGACUGCUUCAUGAAGAACCCCGAGGCCGUGGCCAAGCUGUUGUCUUGGGAGGUUUACCACAAGCACUGGCCCGACAUCCCCGAGGCCGAGCUCCGCGCCUCCGCCGUGCGUCUGCGCAUUGGGAACACGGACGCAUUCCAACUUGUCCUCAUGCACAAGCGGCGGGUGACGGAUGCGCAGGCGUUGGGCGACGAGCGGGCCCCGGUGUGCGAGGAUUGCCUGUGCGCGUUCUCUCCCCGCCACCCGCGCAUGUGCAAGUUCAUCUUCGCUAACCACUUGUGGCUCGGCAGGAAUGACCCGCUCUUCCGCAAUGCCAACUUGUCGCACCAGAUGCUCCUCGCACUCGCCCGCGUCGUGACGACCAAGGUGGUGCUGCGCCCCGAGAGCUACGACGAGCAGCGCAGCGGCGACGGGCCCACGUGGGACUUCCUCUUCCACCAGACGGGCAUGGUGGGCUCCGCAAUCCUCUUCGGGAACGCGUCGUGCAAGGAGGCCAUGGAGCGUUUCCCUCCGGCUUCCAUCAAGGACGCCUUCGCGGUGACUUUCCUGGCAGCCAAGCAGGACGCGGCGAAAGAGCAGCCGCCAGACGGCUCGGAGAAUGCAGCGGGACAGCGGCGCCGCGAGGGUCUGGCUGGCGACGCCGCCAGGCAGCGGGGCGCCGCCCGGCGCGCCGUCCGGGGCAUCGCGCGCCUCAAGGUGAACCGCGCAGAGUUUGACUCGCAGGCGCAAGCGCUGCAGUCCACGAACGUCGUCUACAAAGACAAGGAUUACGACGAGGCGCUGGUUGCCCAGUGGUGCCCCAACCCGCUGAUUCCUGAGGUGCCCCCGGUGGUGUUGGACAGCGUCGUGGCCGUGCCGUUGGAGGAUUCGCCCGGCGCCGUCGUGGCCGCGGGACCAGCCGACGCCACGGCGGCCGGGGCGCAGGAUAUGGAAGACGCAGACGUUCAGGCGUGCAAGGAAUCCCGGUACGUGAGCGCGUUCAGCGAGGAGGACAUCCCGGGCGCGGCCGCCUCGGCGGGGGCCUUGGAGGUGACGGCGCUGAUCAAGCAGCUGGAGGAGCUGGACGCGACAGCGCAGCGCUCCGUGGCCAAGGAGACAGAGCACGCCAUCGAGUCAGGCAGCGCGCUGCUGGACGAGGCGGGCAGGGAGCGAGUCUUGCAGCUCUGCGAGUCCGUUCGAAACCGCGCUGCUCGGUUGUCGCGCCCGGAGCGGGAGCUGCGGCUGCAGGCGACCAUGGCGAACCUCGAGGUGACGCGCGGCACGGCGCCCCUGUCGCUGUUCGAUUGGAAGGUGUGGACGCAGGCGCGCCCGAGCCUGUGGCGCUACGGCGACGCCGGUCACCUGGACCCGAAACGAACGGGGACCUACCCGCAGUUGCUCGCCCACGAGUGGAUCACGUGCCUGUGCAUGCGGGAGGAGAUGGAGUACACUCUGGACACCGACGAGGAGAAGCCGUACCGCGUGCGGGAGAACGACGACGAUCCAGAGGUCAACCGGUUCGCGGCGGACUGGGUGUCGUUGCACAUGUUCGCCACGUUGCACUUCUUGACGGAGCGCCACCAGUCCGCCUUCGCCUUCCUGAAGAACGGAGGCAUGAAGUGGGCCGAGAAAGUGCAGCACCUCACGCCGGAUGCCCUGGCGGCGGCCGCCCGCGCUCACGCGGGUGGCGGCGGCGUGGCGGCUUUGGCAAGCAACGCCAACGUGCCCAACGUGGUUCGGGACGCCCUGAACAUCAUGCAGAUGGCCGUCGCGGACGUCGUCGGCACCGACGGACAUCGGCGCCUCUGUCGCCACGAGGGGGUUGCCUACAUGGCGCUCUUCGGGUGCCCCUUGAUCUUCGCCACCCCGAACGUAGCGGACACGAAGCAGCCACUGUUCGUCAGGGUGGAGGGCCAGGAGAUCCCGCUCGACGACCGGAGCAUUCCAGGCCUGCGCAGCGACGUCAUCCCAAAGUACCGAGACAUGAUGCGGCGCGUCGCCCAGGACCCGGUCGGCCAGACCGUGUGCUUCGAGCUCAUCAUGCGCCUCUUCUUCAUCCACGUCCUCGGCGUCCGCCCCGAGUGCGUGGGCGGCCGCCGGCGCGGUUUCUCCCAGGAAACGCUGCUCCUGGCUUUCCGCGGAGAGAUCGAGGCGCAAGGUCGGGGAUCGCUCCAUCCGCACAUCCUGGUGUGGUUGUGCGCCCUCUCGACGCGGCAGCUCGUGCACGUGCUCCGACGCCAUCCUGCUGCUUUCCGAGAGCGCCUGGGCAAGUGGAUGAGGGCGUGCGUCAUGGCCGUGGAGAGCACCUGCCAGAGUUCCGUAGAGGUGUUGCCGCGGCGUUUCGGGCACGUCGACCAGCGCGUGGACCCGCUGCCAUUCUCUGUCAUCGAACGAGACCAGUCGCGCUUCGACGGGGGCAGCGAGCUGGACGCGCUCCGCGAAGAGAAGCAGGCGGGCGCGGAGCUGACCGAGGACCAGGAGACCUUCCUGGAGACCGAGGACCGGGACUCCUGGCUCCGGCCCGAUCUGCCGUUGCGGGACGCCACAGGCCGCGAGUUGGCGCCGGGGGAGAAGGCACCGCCGCGGCCGUCCUCAUACGGCAUGCCCAUCGAUGCUUUCGCCGUGGGGAAAUGCCCCGCGUACCGGCGGCGCGGCCUCGUGCAGCAAGACACCGGCGCGGGCGAGCCGGCGGCCCGCGGGGUUGUCCCAACGGUCUGCUCGGACGCGCCCGCGGCUCAGUCGGGGCAGCAAGAAUCGUGA